ACGGAGGGAGACAGAGGAGACCCAGUUGCUCUGUGAGAUGCAGGCUGAAGUGGCCAGGGAAGGAAGAUUCUAAGCCUGGCAGUGCCCACCCUGCCUUGGGGCCCUCGCUCUCCAGAAGCAGGUUCCUUGUCUUUGAAGCUGCCUCAUCUGCCUGAUGCACCUUUGGAAAAGGAAAAUCCCCCGAAAAGGCUCCUCCCUGAUGUUUCCUCCCGCUAGGAGAUCUGGGGACUGCAGCGAAAGGCAAAGAAGAUUCAAAUGGUCUUUGGGGACUCUGACUUCACAGCUAAAAACGUGUGGUUCCUCUUUGAAAGGAGAAACCACACCUGCUCUCAGUAACACCCAUGUCCCAGUGUACGUGAAAGUUCUCAGGUCAGGGUGAAGAACAGCUCAGCUCCCACAGGUAACCCAGACGCUCUCCCCUGCAACAGUGGAUUAUUCUGUGGGAUUAUCCCAUACAGGAGAGAGUCCCCAGAGUAUGAACAAUAGACUGAGCCUUAACACUCUUGAAAGUCCAUAAAGCAUUGAACCCUGCCCAAAGAGACUGCAGAAAGAGAGUACGAUGCUUAAGGCAACGUUACUGAAGCCUUGUCUCCAACCGCAGCCCCGCUGUGCCGGGUCCAGUGAAAGAAGCCAGCAUUCUUAUGGCUUUGAGACUCUAAAGGUGGACCCAGAAGUGGGCUAUGGUUUGGUUCUGCAGCAGGAGAAAGAGAAGGAAGGCAACCAAAGGUGCCAGCCAACUGGAGCCAUUUGCCCUUUUAACCCAGAGGAGCUGGAGGAAAAGAAUGAAUUGUCAGGAGGAAAAUUGAGAGACCAUCUCCAGCGGGAGAGCAGGAAUACCAAUGGAGACAUGCUGGGGCCCAAAUUCAACAGCUAUGGCUUGGCAUCCCCUGGUGGGUAUCCAGCUACAAAAGACUUGCCACGGUCUGCCCCAGAGCUGCUUCAUUCUGGGGUUAGCACCAGAGAUGACCCCAGCGAAGAAUGGAAAGUGGUGAAGGUGAAACGUGUCCUCAUUUACCCUGCUGGCCAGCCGCGGAAAGCAAAUCUCUCCAGGAGUGCCAGUCUCUCAGAGAAGGAGCUGAAAGAGGCUAAAGCCAGGAGCCAGAAAAUCGCAGCCCAGCUAACGAACCCACCCAGCUCAAACUCCAAAGGUGUGCUGCUUUUCAACAGGCGCAAGCAGAGAGUGAAUGCGUUCGCUUUGGCAAGCACCAGAAAAAGUGGGGAGGAAGCAGCCACAAGAGGCAGCCCAAGAGCUCUUCAGUGCAGCCUCCCAAACCGGGGGAAAUUGCUGCAUUUGAGACAGACUUUAGAAGGCAGCAAAGAACUGAAAGAAUUACUCUGCGCGGAAGCCCCUGGACUGCAGAUCCUUAAAGGCAACAUGGAAGAAUAUGAGGAAAACACCUGCCUAGAGAAAACACAGUCCCCACCAAAGAAUGAAGUCAAAAGUGAGGAGAUCCUUCCCCAAACAAUCCCAGUGCCGUCCCUCAAGGAGUCUCCUAGUGGAGACAUACAGCAGGUCCCUCUAACUAUCUACUUAAAGGAGAACAUAAAGGUGGCAUCAACCAACGGAGUGCAAGAACCUAGCGCCAAUGAGCAUGAACAUGACAGCGAGAACAACGCACCAGUUCUCAUCCAGGAGCAGACAGCCCCAGUUAUCGACAAGGAGCAGAAUGGAGAAGUUAUCAACACAGAGCAGAAUGUGCCCAUGACUGACAAAGAGACGGCUGUUCCAGUUACCAGCAAAGAGACGGCUGUUCCGGGUACCUGCAAAGAGACGGCUGUUCCGGUUACCAGCAAAGAGUGGAAUGGGGGGCCCAAUAAACAAUAUUAUGAAGUUCACCUCACUUUGGCUAAACCAAUGCCAGUGAAGAACAGAACAGCAAGACCGUUUGGGACUCAAUCAUCAGCUACAACAAGCCAACCAACGGAGAAAAGCCCUGGGGUAGAACUUCCUCCGCCCCCCACCUAUGCAGAGACCUUGUUCAGUCCACCUCCAGUAACUAGGGUUAGGUCACCUCCUGCGUAUUCAGCCUUGUAUCCUAGUGCAGAACAGAAGCCUCUCAUUCUGAAAGGGCCUCACCAUGGAGAAAGCAGAUCUACACCCUUGCAUAAAACAGGAAUAUUAGAGGAGUCCGUAACCCGGAGAACAACUAAAAAAUCCAUGUUCACCUUUGUGGAAAAGCCAAAGGUGGCUCCUAACCCAGAUCUUUUGAACUUAGUGCAGAAUGCAGAUGUAAGGAAGAAGCAGAAGGAGCAAGGAGAACCAGUCCCAGAGGAAGAACCAUUUGCUCUUGGGGCAGAAGCUUCCAACUUUCUGCAUCAGAAUGCACUGAAAGGUGGGCUUCACCUGGAUUCUUCAGACGAUGCUCCAGAGUGGUCUUCAUGCCUGAAGUCCCCAAGCAUACAGCCUAAGCCUCAAAUGAAACCCAAUCAAAACCUAACCGAAGCAAAAGGAAAAGGAGCUGAACUGUUUGCCAGAAGGCAGUCAAGGAUGGAGAAGUAUGUCAUUGAGUCCCCAGCACACCCUGGCUUGGCCAGGUCACCUUCGCCCACCAUGUCUCUGCCUCCAUCCUGGAAGUAUGCUUCCAAUAUUCAUGUAACACCCAUGGUCUUCAAACACCCACCCAAGAGUCCAGCCAGGUCAUCAAAAACUCCCCCAGCAUCUUUGUACAACAGCAACAUCGCGGAGAGUGAGAUUUCCCAACAGGAGCUGGAAAUCUCAAAGCAGCAGCCAUACCAGCUCCAAUCAUCUUUGUUCAUCCUAUCCCCAGCUAAAGAACCGGUGAGGUCUUUGCCAAGAGGGGCACCACCGCCACAAGCCGUGUUUCCCAACUCUAAUUCUUACACGAGACAUACCUCGUGCCCAACGUCUCCCUUGACACCUUCCCCUGUUUUUCAUUCUCCUGCUCUGUCAAGUUCAAGCAGGCCAACAUAUGGUCCUCUUUCUCCAUCAUCUGGGACUGUGCUUAUUGCCCAAGACAUCAGAACAAGUGCCCCACCAGAAGCUACCUUUGCAUCCCCUUCCAGAGUUUUGUCACCAAGAGCCAAAGGAGUCUUCCAAGCUCCGAGACCUUCUUAUUCCACCAGGAAUGCAGGGAUUGAACCCCAGGAAAGAAGAGUGUCCCUGCCUGCCUCCCUGACCUGGACUCCACGGCUGGUGCCCCACCCGAGCCCCCUCAAGGGGUGGGCGAGCCCGACGCCGGAGCCUGAGGAAAGGCCUGCGGAGGCCCUGCGAGCAGCCAGUGUGAGGAGCCCCCCUCCUCCCAUGUCGCCAUCGUGGAGCGAGAGGUCCCUCUCCCCACUGCGGCAGGAGGCAGAGCCCAAGGCCAGCCGGCAGAUGCAGGCCCGGCUCGCCAGGAACAUCAUCAAUGCUGCCAGGAGGAAGAGCUCCUCCCCCAAAGCCCUGGGGACUGACGGUGUCAGGCCAUUCACGCCGCCCGCCGGCACUGGGGCACCACCUGCCAGCGCAUCCCCAUGCAGCAGCCCAAGAGCCCUGGACAACCACUCCCCGAGUCCACGGUCUCCGAGAGCCACCAGGGUGGAUGGGCACAGACAUACCAACACUGGGACCCCACAGUUCAACACCUCUUCCUGCAUCAGCCCAAAGACCCUGGGCAGCCACUCACCGACCUACAUCAGCCCACUGCAGUCGCCGCGCACAGCCAGGGCGGAUUGGCACAGGUCCUUCACAUUACCCGCAAACUCCGGGGCACCAGCACUCAAUGCAGCAGCUGGCAGCAGCCCUGGAAUCACAGGCAGCCACUCUCCAACCUACAGGAACCCAGUGCCAUCUCCAAAAGCCACCUGGACAGAAGGCCACAGGAUUCUCGUGCCACCCGCCAGCGCUGGGGUGCUACCAGCCAACGCGUCUUCUUGUACCAGUCCCAGGAGCCUGGGUUCCUACUCGCCGACUUUCAUUCGCCCAGUGCAGUCGCCCCCUGCGGGAGCGAGGUCCCCCAUGAAGCUUUACACCUCCAGGUCCCCCACGGACUCGGAUGUGUCCAUCGACUCAGAAGACUCUGGGGUCAAGUCUCCUGGGAUCCGCAGCUUUAAUAUCUGCCCCCGGGGCUGGAACGGGAGCGUGCGGCUGAAACAGGGCCGCCUGCCCUCGGAAGCGCCCUGCACCUCCUAGGCCAGGAGGAGACAAGUGAAGUGAGCAAGAAUGCGUCUGGAGCCCGUUGAAUUGAUGCAUGGACUCACCAGCACCCAGUCCUGCGGGCCAAGCCACGCAGCAGGGGGGAGGAUGCUGGGGGCUGUGGGGACAGAUGAUAACAAGUCCCUCUCUCUCCCCACCUCCGCGGCACCUCUCCCCAAACCUGCUGCGGGAUUAGAACGGGGCAGGAGCUUAAUCAACAGGCAGCGCACCAGAGAGCAGGGACCUUGCAGAUGGCAGUUUGGCCUGCGACAGCCAGCCGCGGGAUGGUGCCCGCUAACUUUGCCGGAUCCAGACUCCCCCCGUUCCUGCCCCAAGCCAACGCCACUGCUGAUCCCAUAACUCCAUCCCUGCAUGUGUUCUGCUUUCCCAGACUGUGCUCUCCCGGCUGGACUGGAGCCAGCAAUGACAUCUAGGGAGCUGGCGCUGCUUUUGUUCUUCCCGGAACGAGGGGGACACAGACGGCGGACAGGCAGCCCCGAGACUGUCCUUCCGGCCGCGUAAUCCCCAGCAGAGAGACAGCGAGUGGCCAGAGGGGACUUGGGAGGCCGCCAGCCGUGGGCUUUCCAGCUUGCUGCCUCUGAAUCCCAUUGUUUCCUUUGUGUGCUCUGCAGAGGCCAUGGAUCAGGCCUAUUUCCAGCUGCCUGAGGGGAAGAGCAGGGCUGCCAGAGCCCAGGAGAGAUUGGAGCUGCCUCGGGGGAGUGAACAGCAAAAUCCUGGCUCCCACCCCGCGGCCACAGGGCUCCGCCGGCAGGGCGGCUCCCUGCGCUCGAGGGAGGCGUGGCGCGUCUAGGAGCUCAUGUCCCGGAGGGGAGCCGGAGUUCCCCUGGCAGGGGGGCAGGUUGUGCCUUAGGUUGAUCCACAGCGCCCAGGCAGGGCGUGAUGGAGUCGGUGUUCCCCACCCCGCCGCAGGACUGUGACCAAAGCCUACGCCCCACACCAACAUCCCACGACCUGCUCCACACACCCCUGCCAAGCUGGCUGUAGCUAAAGCCGGCUCCUGGAGAACAGAUGCCGGGGAGGCCUGUCCAAGGGGCGUUGGUGGAGCCACCAGAGAUUUAGAGCCAUGCAGCAUGUGCAGCCGCCCUCUCCGGCUGUUGUGGCCUCCUGGACCCUGCCUGGGGGUCUGAGCCCUGAACAACCCCGAGACCCAAGCAGCGGAAGCAGGGGGUGAGGUUGGAGGUGGGCUCCCUCUUAGCAAGUGGCCUGCGGCAGAAUGGAUGGAGCCAAUGGGUCCCGGGCCCUGUCUCGGCCCUGGAAGGACUCCCCCUGCCCUGCAGCGCUCCGGCUGGCUGUGAGGAGGCGCUGAAAGGAGCCCACUGGAGCGGUGCUGAGGGACUUGGGGAGGAGGCCCCUGGGAAGGUACAAGGCCCUGUCCGGGUCAGUUCUAGGUGAAGGCACAGACAGGCACGCGUGCCAUCCUGUCACUGGGCCAGGCCUGCCACUGCCACCCACCUGGCCAUGGGGCUCUGGAGUCGUCGGCAGCACGUCUGGCCCAGGGGCUGUUUGCGGGGAGUCACCGGGUGAAUCAUCAGCCUCGUUAGCUGAUAGACAGACUCCGAGAGAGGCCGCUGCAAACUAGGGGGGAGAUGGGGGGCAUCUGAAUUUGGCCUAGGCUAUAGACUGCUCUGCUGACCCUGCUGCACAACGGUAUUUCACUGCUGCAGGUUCCCAGAGCAGCCAGAGCUUCUCCACUGAGCCCCGGCAGCGUCAUGGUCCCCGGCCACGCACAGAAGUGUUGGGGAAAGAAAACCAAUGUCCUAGCCCGUUUGCUUUUUCCCUGGCCAGCCCAGCCCCUCCUGCCCGUCCCGGGCUGGUCCCCCCACUCUCUCUUUUGUAUGCUUGGCAGCGUGGCAUGCAGCCUAUGAUCUGGCAGGGGGCACAGAGCAGUGUCAGAUGUUACCCUCUCUGCCCCUGAUAAGCUGGCCAUCCUGUCUUUUUAUUACCCUAGCCUUUCAAGGCAGCAGUGUGCCCGGCUUUAAUGCCAGGUGAGCCCAGGGUGGGCGGCCCGUCCCCGUCUGCACUCAGUAGGACACAGCGCUUUCGCGAUCUCCCCAUUCCCAGCCCCUGGGCUUUCUAGCCCCUGGUGCUGAUCACAGGCCCUGCGGGGUGGGGUUGUGGGGAGCAGCUGGGGCUGCACAGUUGCCUGGCUCAUGCUCCUGGCACACUGAUGUUGCUGAACUCCUGCACGCCAAGGGGGGAGGCGCCGCCAGGUGCCGCGCCACCACACCAGGGCCAACUCAAGGACUGUUGGGGCACCCGGAGAUGGGGUGCAGGCAGGAGAGGGCCACGCUCAGGCAUGUCCCAGACAGGUGGAUUUGCAUCCUUUCACCCCAGCCAGAGCAAAAACUCCGCAACUCUCACCGGGCCCCAGUUCUGCAGGGAGCAAGUGGAGGAAAGGUUUGCCUCUGCGAACCCAGGUGUCCGAGCUGUGCCCAGCUCGCCCGGGGAGUUACCGUAUCCGUACACAGAUCUCCGCCCUCCCACCCUGCCCCGCAGCCGCUUGGCCUCCCAGAGCCUCCCGGGUGCAUUUCUGCUGCUCUGGUUUCACGAAAGGAAUGUCAUGGAAGCGGGGGGAUCACAUGCUCAGGGCCAGCUUCUGCUGGGCGCAUGGAAACAAAUGAAGCCAAGAGAGAGCGACAGCCAGGGAGUGCCUGGCACCCGCCAGGGAGCGCCUGGCACCCCCCAGGGAACAGACCCGGGCUCGGCCCGCGUUUUCCCAGAAGGAGGCGACAGUCCACAAAGUGGAGCCCUCUAGGGGUUAGUUGGGGCAACUGCAGAAGCCCUUUGAACCAGUCGGAAUUUUUAAUGUGAAAUUUUUUUCAAGAAAAAAAUGUCCCCCCCCUCCCUCCCCCAGGGUAAUCUCUGGGGCACGGGUUUGUUUCUUUGGAAACGUCCCAUUUAAUGUUUCAGAAAAGACCCUGAAAAUGAGGCUUUUUUUUACUUUUUCAUCCCUAAACAAGCCAAAACAAGGUUUCACAAAAGUUGAUGGUCAUGGCAACUCCUGUCCAUUUCUCCCCAGCUCCCCUCCGCCCUCUAGCGCCCCCAUAGGGCUGCAGGAAUGUUGGUGCACACGUCGAAGGGGCGGCUCGCAGGAAGUGGGACGAGGGGGCAGCCAGAGCUCUGCUCUAGCCCAGACGCCCUGCUCCGAGGCGUGCAAGGAAGGUUGUGGGACAGGUUGCGGAGAGGGGCCAGUGGGCUGGGAGGGAGAGAGCACCGUCUCAGAUACACACGGCUUUGGUCAUUAGCUAAAGUGCCCAAGACAUUACCAGCCAGCUCAUCCCUGUGGGGCUGGGUGUCUCCAAGGAUUGGUAAUGACAUGAAGAGUUUUUUUGCUUCCAGGUUACUGCUGUGAGGGAACACCCAGGCCAGGAGAGACCAAAAGUCUUUCUCACUGGGGAGCGGUUUACUGGCUCAUAUAAAAAGAAUUUGGGGUCCCAGUGCAACGUCUCAUGGACAGCAGUUCACGCCACAGGGCUACUACUGGUGCCAUUUGGUGACUGUCCCCUGAAGGUCCUGGUUAGAGACACAAUGUGUGGGGGAAGCUAAUGUCGCUGCUGACCCAUGCUGAAACCUGGGGCUACAGAGAGCAUUUCAGUCUGCAGAGGUGAGAGGCAAGAAUCUGACACCAGCAGCAAAGCAAGGAGCGCAAAACCAACCCCCAGCCUGGCUAUAAAUCACAUGCACUAUUACCAGGUUUGCUAGGACGAGUUAGAAAGAGCCUCUGGGUGAUGUCUGCACACCCUGUGGCUGAUGGCUCCUUAGCGCCAAUGAAGUGGACGGGCCCCGCUCCGAUCACACAGAGAGAUCACACGGCCAAGGCAAGCACAGCUCGCACAUGACACGCCCCUCGGCCCAUUUGGCUCGUGCUGGCCCAAGCCAAGGCAAGCACAGCUCGCCGUGGCUGGGAGUGAGGGGGCCUGGGCUGGGUCGUUGCUGCAGGGAGGAUGUGUGCGGCGAGAGGGAGGACAGGUAGGUGUUCAGAGCAUGUGUCGGCAAGUGCUGAGAAGGGGUGAUGCUCCGUCGGGCUAAGCGGCGCACUGGGGCAUGGAGCGGUGUGGCUUGGAAAGCUCUUCAGAAAGAGCCCCGGGACAAUGAGGAGAGGGCUAGCGGGAGAAGUGGCACCGCAGAGGUUAUUGUAAGUGAAGGGAGGUGUGAAAUGGGGGUUGUUUUAGCCUGGCCGCUUGGGACAGCACGAGCCAAAUGGGCCAUGGGGCGUGUUAUGGCAAGAGCUGGUUAAAUGCUAGUUGCUGUAGGUUAGAUAAAUACUAACUGAUUAUUGAUGAGCGCUGGGCAGUGCGGAAUGACGUUGCUGGGCACCCCCCUCUCCGACACGCCAGGCCCCCCAGUACACGUGCAGCCCGGCAUUAGUGCAGGGACACAGCUAGCUCACUAACCAGAGAUGAAAUGUCCUCCAGGGUUGGAGCACUGUAGGCUCUUGCAUGUUCUCCGCUGGGGAGCAGAUCCCAGCCCUGCAGCUAAAGGCUUAUCCAAAGACAUCCAGUAACUUCAAUGGGCUUUAGAGCGGGGCCCCUAGUAACUAGCUUUUUCCAUCUCUGACUGCCGUGCUCCUCCCUCGGAUGCUCAUCCAGACCCACUCUGCACAUUGGGCUUCCCUUUCACACUGGCCAGCCCCAGUGCCCCGUGGGCGAGGGCCCUUUAAACUGGGUUAUUCAGAGGGGGCUGGACAGGGAGCAGUCCCACGGGGGGGGGGGGCAGGGUAGGGGGCUGGAAUGGCUCCAUUCAGAGCGUGCCACUUCUCCAGCAGGGGAAGGGGCCCAUGGAUUGUGGAUCCCUUGGGAGGAACCAGUGGACUGUCCCAAAGCCUCAUCACCACGGUGCUGCGUGACCCCACUGAGCAGGCGUCCGAGUGCCGCAGGGGCUGGCCUGCCUGGGUCCAUUACUCACCACGCAGCAAAGAGAACCCGCUCAAGCAGGGCACACCAGCCCCGUGUGACCAGCGGCUCUGGCCUGCUGGGCCGUCGCGUGCCCAGGUGCACGUGUUCCGCACAGAGCCCGCAGCAGGCGCUCCUGGCCAUUGCUUCGCCAGCUGCUCUUUGAUGCGCAUUUUGCCACAUCACUGUAUACCACGCUCGAAAAUAAAGCCGGCAUUAUCCCA